AUUAUUAAUAACUUGAGAGAUGAAAACAGGAUUAACUUUAAAUCUUUUAAGCAUAACCCUGGUUAUGCUGCUUGUAGCAAAAUACCAAUCAUGAUUGAUAGGUCAUGCAUCGUUUGAACCAAACUUAGUGAAAGAAGAGGAAAACAUACCGGAAGUAUCUGAUGAACCUUCUGUUGAAUGUGUUGAAUGUUUUGAUGACCUUAAGCCCAGUGAAAGCUCUCCUAGCUCUGACGACCAUCUCAACGAGAGGCCUGUCAUCGGCAUUUUCACUCAGCCUUACAACGACACUCACGACUACAUCAUGGCAUCCUAUGUGAAGUUUGUACAAUUAGCAGGAGCAAGAGCAGUCCCAAUCGAGUGGAGAGACUCCGAUGAGAACAUCACUGAGCUUGUCAGCAAACUUAAUGGUGUGCUUUACCCAGGAGGGUCCACCUCUGUAAGGAACAAAGAUGGAUCUCUUAGUGAUCAUUCGAAAAAAGUAGAACUUGUGACAAACUUAGUAAAAGAGUAUAAUGAAGAAGGAAUUCACUACCCAAUCUUGGCUAUUUGCAUGGGAUUCCAACAGAUCACACAGAGUGAAGCCCCCUACAAAGACACCCUGACCCUUCGUGAGUUCGACUCCGCUAACAAUGCCAACAAUGUGUCACUCACUGAAGACGUCUCUGAAUCCAAGUUGUUUGAAGAAAUGCCAGACCAUUUGGUCGAAGCAUUAGAAGAAGAGAACAUUACUUACAAUCACCACUAUGACGGAGUUGUCCCAGAUAUUUUCGAGAAAUAUUCUAACCUCAGGGAGGAAUACCACAUGCUUGGAGUGUCUUACGACGAGAAAGACCAAGAAUAUGUAGCCGUUAUCGAAGCUAAAAACUUCCCAAUUUACGGUUUCCAGUUCCAUCCAGAGAAGAACAUCUACACAUGGAGGACGGACAUGGAGAUCCCUCACUCAAGAGUCGCCAUCGAGUUCAGUCAGUUCCUGUCCAACUUCUUUAUCGAUGAAGCCCGUAAGAAUUUCAACAGAUUCGACUCCCACGAAGAAGCUUUCGAAAGCAGGAUAGAGCAUAUCCCAAUUGACUUUCCCAAGGACGGAGGCCAGGACAUCUAUGUUUUUGAAAUAUAACCCUGUGUCAUCCUUUCUCUAUAAAU